AUGUCGACUAUACAAAAUCUCAAGAAUUUUAUAAGGCAUGGGAAACAAGCGCGCCAAAAUGCCCACGGAGACCCAACCACAGACGUCUCACCCGUGAACGCACAACCACGCCAUGCGCCUCCGGCUCCGCCUCCAAAUGCCAUGUACGCCGCCGCAAGCGAUCCUAAUGUUCUGAAUCACAAGCCUUUGCAACAAGGUCACGUCCCUGCUGCCGACUACUCAGCAGCGAAUAUCGACAACCGCAAUCGCGUUGCCCAGGCCGACGCAGCCGCCGCACAGGCUGCGGGUCAUCACCAGAAAAUACACCACGGCGCAGGCAGAGACAAGAACAAGGAAGUCGACCCUACAGUCAUUGAGCGUAUUGUUGCCGAAGAGAGGGAAAGCCAAGGAAAGCUGCCCAAGUAUCCCGGCUUGGACAGAUGGACACUCCUGGAAAAGAUGGGCGAUGGUGCCUUUAGCAAUGUCUACAGGGCGAAAGACAACACCGGCAAAUACGGAGAAGCUGCCAUCAAGGUGGUCAGGAAGUUUGAGAUGAAUGCAACCCAGAGAGCAAAUAUCCUUAAGGAAGUUCAAAUAAUGCGGCAAAUUGAACAUCCCUCCAUUGUUCAGCUCCUCGACUUCUCGGAAUCACCCCAAUACUACUACAUCGUGCUCGAGCUCUGCCCUGGUGGCGAGCUCUUCCACCAGAUCGUGCGGUUGACUUACUUCAGCGAGGACCUAAGUCGUCAUGUUAUCGUCCAAGUUGCAGAAGCAUUAGAGUAUCUACAUGAAACCGCAGGGGUUGUACACAGGCAUCCAAGACCGAGGGGCCCCGAAGACGAAGACAAAGCGGAUGAAGGCGAAUUUAUCCCCGGUCGUGGAUCGGGAGGCAUUGGGAAGAUAAAAAUCGCCGAUUUCGGGCUCUCAAAGAUAAUAUGGGAUAGCCAAACCAUGACACCUUGCGGGACCGUAGGCUACACGGCUCCAGAAAUCGUAAAGGAUGAGCGCUACUCAAAGAGUGUCGACAUGUGGGCGCUUGGCUGCGUACUAUACACUCUGCUCUGCGGCUUCCCACCAUUCUAUGACGAGUCCAUCCAGGUCCUCACAGAAAAAGUCGCACGAGGCCAAUAUACCUUCCUCUCUCCUUGGUGGGAUGACAUUUCAAAGUCCGCACAGGACUUAGUCUCGCACCUCCUGACCGUCGACCCCAACAAACGCUACACCAUCAAACAAUUCCUUGCCCAUCCGUGGAUUCGUCAAUCAACAGAAAUGACUUACGCAGCCGCUGACGCACCUCCACUCGCAACCCCACUGCACGUACGGCAAAAAGAGUACGGCUUCGGCCAACAAAAAACCAACACCCUCACACCACCAGACGCCGCUCAAUACCUCGUCACACCAGGCGGUUCCCAACGCCCCAUGGACUUCCGCUCCCCCGGGGCCAUCAACCUCCGCGAAGUCUUCGACGUCAGCUACGCCGUCCACCGCGCCGAAGAGGAAGGCAAACGACGCAAGAACUUCCCGCAAGGCUACCGUGGCGGCGCCGGCGGUCUCUCCGCCCUCAACGAAGACGUCGACGACGAGGAAUACGACGACCUCAGCGACGACCUGCCCUCUAAGGUGCCAAAACCUCAAGGCGGCCCAGCCGACGUCAGUGGCGUGGAGCAGAAGAUGCGGAAUACGAACAUCGGGGGCGCGCCGUCUGCAGCUGCGCAGGCGAGACAGGCGGCUGCCCCUAAGCAGCAGGGGUAUGGGCAACAUUCACCUGCUGUGGCAGCGGCGGCCAAACAGCAGGUUAGGAAGAAGAAUGCCGGGCCGUUUGAGCUGAGCUUGGAUAAUGCGACGUUGCUUGGUCGGAGGGGGAAGGGGGAUCAGAGUAAAUUGAGGGAGGAAGUUGUGCAGUGA